AUGCCUGGCCUUACCCGCCCACCGAUCCGACGAGCUCUCAGCGUUGCGGUGCAGUACACCCACCUCGGGGACCCACAUGUCCUUCGCGGUACCCACCACGAUCCGGAGGUGCUCACCAAGAUAUUGACAGAAUUCAUGCAUUUCAAGCAUGAGGAUAUCGUCAUUCUUAUGGACGACGAACAUGGGAGGUACCAAAAACCGACGCGGGAUAAUAUUCUUGACUCUAUGCGCGCCCUCCUGCGAGAAGCCCAGACCGGGGAUCAUUUCGUGUUCCACUUUUCUGGACACGGGGAUCAGAUACCUAACGAGAAUGGUACUGAAGAGGACGGCCUCGACGAGAUUAUAUUGCCGGUCGACGUGGAGCUGUCUCCUGAUGGUUCUGCGCUCAAGAACUUCAUCAUGGACGAUACGAUCCAUGAUAUUCUCGUAGAUCAUACUCCGCCGGGGGCCCACUUCAUGAUGAUUUUUGACUGCUGCCACUCGGGAACAGCUGCGGAUCUACCAAAUAGCAGCAGCAAGCAGCCACCCCCGAAGAGCGUCCGAAUGCGAGCAACCGCGCACGAUGAACCUGGUUCGGAGAAACAUGAAAGGCCACACGUCAAGCAUAAGAUUGAUGGGCCUGAUGUGACGUCGUGGUCCGCCUGCGCAGAUAAUGAGAACACUCCAGACAGUCGUACGGGAGGUAUCUUCCUGAGGAGUUUUUAUGAAGCUCUGAAAAUGCACAAGGACGCCACGCGGGGAGAACUCUUGAAUGACAUUACUAAACGCAUAAAGCGCAAAGUCAACAUACAUAAUCGACAUCUGUCAGAGCAGCACAAUGCCGACGGAGAGACAAAUGGCUUGGUCUCCCGACGUGGUGACGAACAGAAUGACGAGCCGGACGAGGUGCCGACCCCGUUGCCGACCCCUGAGCUCGCAUCCAGUAAUCGUCUGGAGGACACCUACGAAAGUCACGUCCUCGACGAGGAUUAUCCGGACUAA